AUGAAUAUCUUACGCAGUGGGGGUAGUAUUCCCCAGAUUCUGCGAUCCUGCCAACCCCAGAGUGUUCUCCGCAUUCGAAGCCCCAUCGCGUCCGUGCCGAGCCGGGGAUUUCAUGCAGCAUCAGCGCUAUUGGGGAUCAAGUCACAAAUAUUGAAGGAUGUCGGCGAAGGUAUCACUGAGGUCCAGAUCAUCCAGUGGUAUGUGGAGGAAGGGGCGCACAUUGAGGAAUGGAAGCCUUUAUGUCAGUAUCAGUCAGACAAGGCUGUCGAUGAUAUCACAUCGCGGUAUGCAGGUGUAAUUAAGAAACUCCAUUUCGAGGCUGAUGAUACCGUUCCUACCGGGCGAGCAUUGAUUGACAUCGAGGUCGAGGAUGGAAAAUACCACGAUGAGAAUCCACCACACGACUCACAACAACCAGCUGCCCCAGCUCCCGAAUCACAGGUAGUUGCAGCAAUUCAAGCUGCUGAGGGCUCUACAGUACCUAACUCAACCUCUCCGUCUUUCGAAGCCAUACCCGAGAUAUCCCAAUCAAAGCAUGCAUCCCUUGCAACCCCUGCUGUGCGGGGGCUACUCAAGACUCACAAACUCGACAUUCUAGACAUCACUGGCACAGGAAAAGAGGGAAGAGUUAUGAAAGAAGACGUCUUAAGAUUUGUUGAGGCCCAAGAUUCGUCUACAUCAUCUUCUUCAAACCCACCACAAUUCUCUUCAACACCGGACACCAAGCAGGCCGAGUCCGAGGUCAGAUUGACCCCAAUGCAGUCAGCCAUGUUCAAGACAAUGACAAAAUCCCUCAACACCCCCCACCUACUAUUUGCCGACGAGCUUACAGUUGGCGACAUCUCUUCCAUCAGAAAGAAGCUCGCCAGCGAUUCUCGGGACCCCAAGAAAAUCACACUUCUCCCUUUCAUCGUGAAGGCCGUCUCACUUGCUCUGAACGAAUUUCCUAUUCUCAACGCCCGAGUAGACGCCAGCAUCCCCGAGAAACCCAAGUUGAUCAUGCGCGCCAAGCACAAUAUCGGUAUUGCCAUGGAUACACCCACAGGUCUCAUCGUACCUAACAUCAAGGAUGUGGCAAGUCGGUCAAUCUUCGACAUUGCGACAGAGAUAGCCCGGCUCAGUGAGCUCGGCAAGGCCGGUAAAUUGACUUCUGCUGAUCUGGGCGGUGGUAGCAUCACCGUUUCGAACAUUGGAAACAUUGGUGGGACGUACGUUGCGCCUGUCAUUGUGCCGACGGAGGUUGCUAUUCUUGGCAUUGGAAGAACAAGGACACUGCCUGUGUUCGAUGAUGCAGGACAGGUCACAAAGGGCGAGCUCGUGAAUUUCAGCUGGAGCGCUGAUCAUCGUGUUAUUGACGGGGCAACCAUGGCACGUAUGGGUAAUCGUGUCAGGGAGCUGAUUGAAUCGCCUCAGCUGAUGCUGCUCAACCUGAGAUGA